AUGACACUGAAAACUCUUCCGGUAAUCUUCCAACCACAACAACAACAACAAUCGUCUUCAUCUUCGAUAUUAUCCCCAUUUUCAUGGCUUUUUCUCAACUGUCGUCGCCGAUUCAUCUUCCUUACCAUUUGUUCUCCACUUCUACUUCCUCUUCUCUGUCUAUCGUUUCCCGUCAUUUGUCUCUGUCAACUGUACUUCUGUCUCUGCCGCCGUCAUCGCCGCCGGCGCCGGAGAUAUGGCGGCGGAUUACGGCGGUGUGAGGAAGGAAGAGGAGGAGAGAGAGUGGAGGUUAUCGAAGGUGACGAUGAUGAUGAUGAGGAGAGAGAAUUAGGGUGGAUGUUGUUGCAGAGGUAUUUGGAAGAUCAAUUAGGGCUUGUUGGAUCUGUGAUUUCUGAUUGUGGCGAUGAUAUUGAUAUCGAUGAUCAUCAACACAUUCCUGAUGAUACCAGAAGACCUUUUCUGAAUUAA